AUGGCAAAGGGUCGCCAAAAGGUUGAUAUGGUGAAGAUGCAGAACGAGAGUAAUUUGCAAGUGACUUUCUCUAAGCGUCGUGCUGGUCUCUUCAAGAAGGCUAGUGAACUUUGUACACUAUGUGGUGCUGAAAUAGCCCUUGUGGUAUUUUCCCCGGGCAAGAAAGUUUACUCAUUUGGCCACCCUUGUGUGGAUUCAGUAAUGGAUAGGUUUCUCACAAGGAACUCUCAACCAAAUAAUGGCCAUAACCAGCUCAUUGUGGCUCAUCGAAAUGCUAGUGUUCGUGAUCUCAACAUGGAGCUCACGAACAUUGAGGGGAUUCUCCAAAUGGAAAAAAAUCGUGGAGAAGCCCUACAAGCAAGGAAGAGAGAUAACGGUCAUUAG